AUGCUUAAAGCGGCAUCAAUGUUUUACUUGAUGAUUCCUUUCCUUAUUCUGUUGUGCUCCUUUUUUCAAAAUUGUGGUGCACCACAAGCAGCUGUAAGCAGUUUGAAUGGAAUUAGCAUUCCACAUAAAACAAUUAAUGCAGCAAAAGCACAAUUGGGAAGUUUGGGAAAUCCUCAUGAGAAUCGUGUUUCUUUCCCAAUAAAACAAAAUUCAAGCAAGUCUGGCAUUAAUUUGACUGUUAGUGGCCCAAAACAGCCCGUUCUUCGUACCUCCGCAAAACACGAUAAUCAGGAUUUGUUCAGCAAUGACGAAAACAACGAUGCUGGUAAGUAAAUGCCUUGUGCCAAUUAAUUAGAAAGGAUUAGAAAUUAAAAUUAAAAGUAAUCCAAAUUGGGAAGUUUGGGAAUUUAAAAAUUGAAACGGCACAUCCCUGGUAUAAGGGUAGAGGUAAGAUUGAGACAAUAAACAAUAACUUAUUA